CGGACCCUUUCGGAGAAAACACAUCCCGGCGGUGCGGCCAGUGGCGGUGACGCAGCGCAGUCCUCUCACCGCGCAUCCGUCGAGUGGAGGCAGACGGAAGAAGUUGAGUCGAGGAGCUGAGCUGAGCUGAGCUGGACACAAAAUGAGCACGCAGGGCGAGCAAGGCAAAAGAUUCGACCCCAAUGACACGACCCUGAAAUUCGUAAACCGACCGGACGACCUGGAUCCAAUGCCCCCGGAUGAGGGGGACGAGGGUCUCCGAGCCGAGAUGUCCUGCGGCCACGCCGUCACCCCGGAGUCUCUGACCGGCUGGUGUCGCAGCCUGCUGGACCAGGGCCAGUACAAGUUUAAGUGCCCCGCUUUAACGGACAGCACCGUGCAGAAGUGUGACGCCCUGUGGUCCUAUCAAGAGGUGCGCAGGCUGGCGGUGCUGACCGCCGAAGAGAUGCAGUACUUCGAAGAGAAAAUCGCCCUCCUGGCCGCCAUAGAACACUGCGAAUUCAAAACAUGUCCUGGGUGUAGAACCUACGUGGAGAGGGAGGACCUGACGAACCUCAGCGUGCACUGCACCAUCUGCCAAGCAGACCAGAGGGAGAAGUACGAGUUCUGCUGGCAGUGUCUGAAGCCGUGGAAAGGCAGAGCGCCGCGCUCCGACCGCUGCGACAACGACGGCUGCGUCAACCACGACCUCGAGCUCCUCAAGGGCUGCAAGGACACCGCCCUCCCUCAGGUGCAGGGCGUUGACAAGUGCCCCUCCAUCCGGGCGUGUCCCACCUGUGGUCAGCGGGUGGAGCACGACAAGACCGGCUGCAAGAACAUCAUCUGCCCCCGCUGUCAGGUGGAGUUCUGCUUCGUGUGUCUGAAGCUGACGCCCGAGUGCUUGGAGACGAGCUCCUACUUCCUCCCCUGCGCCGACGGCGUGGCUCCCAGACAAACCGCCAUACCCGUGUGGCACCGGAACUAAGAGCGAACACACACAAACACACAUAUUCACUGCUCACGCUUACAGCCCUCUUCUUCUGUCAAGUCUUCUUGUCCUGUUGGAUUUCACUGUGAGGUUCUUAUUGUAACUGAAGGAGAAAAAAAAAAGCGUUGGCUUAAUUGUUCAUGUCCCCCGACAGAGUUUAAUAUUUGCUGUAUCCUCAUCUAAUGUUGUUUUAACAUUUCCUCUGUUCAAUUGAUGUCUGCAUGGCGAUAGUUAAUGAUUCAUAGCUGCAUUACUUAAUAAAGGUUCCUCUACAUGAACACAGAA